AAGAAUGGAUGUGAUUUUUGAAACCUCAAUAGGUAAAGUCUUUACAAUUGAAGUGGGUUACUUUGAUACAGUUUUGGAAAUGAAAGAAAAGAUUCAUAAAUAUGAAGGUAUUCCAAUCUCAAGACAAACCCUAAUUCGCAAUGGUCAGGUUAUGUCAGAUAAGCACGAUACUGAGUUUUAUCAAGUUCUUGAAGGUUCUCGUCUCCAUCUUCAAAUCGAUGCAUCUCCUCAUCAACAGUAUCAACAACCCAUGUUGCCAGUUGCGUCGCCCAAGGUAAAGAUUGAAGAAUCAUCAUCAUCAACAUCUUCUUCUACGUCAAGAAUCCAACUUCUAAUAAAGAAUUUAGUAUCAAAAAAGCAAUUUUCUUUAGGUUUUGAUGUAAAUGAUACGGUUGGUAAAUUAAGAGAUAAAGUUCAUGAAAUGGAGCAAGGUAUUCCGUGUAGUCGGUUAGCAUUGUUUUUAUCUAAUAAUGAACUAAUCGAUGAUAAGAGAACGUUGGGUGAUUAUGGCAUUGUUGAUCUUUCUGAAAUUACUGUCUCACUGAAAAAUUUACCACCUACUUCAAUGCCCACGACUACUACAAUGUCUGGUGGUAGAGGAGGAGGAUGUAGUAUGAGUUCAGGUUCGUCACCCGCUUCCAACAAGAGACUGAAGUUAAUGGUAUUACCAAAAUGUGGAACACAAAAAGUUCAAGUAGAAGUGAAUGGAAAUGAUAAGGUUCGAGAAUUGAAAAAAGAAUUGCAGAAACUGAAUCAAAGAGGGGUUCAGUUUAAUCUUCCAAGCGAUGGGUAUUUUUUCAUAUAUAAUCAAAAUGUUAUGGAUGAAGAUCGUUCUUUCAAGUCACAUGAACUUAGACAAGGCGACACAAUUGAGAUAUUCAAUGGUAGUGUUACUGGUGGUUCCUAGUAAUAGUGAUCUAAUUGAUUGUCAAUUCAAUUCUUUCCCAUGAUUUUUAAUUGAAGUUAUUAAAUCAAAUGGUGUUU